UGAAAGGGGUGUUACAGAAAAUUGGCGAGCCAGCCAGGAGCAGGUGGCAGACUAUUGACGCUUUGUUUUCAUUUUUUUUUCCUGCUUUUUGGGCAAAAAAAUUCUUUUCUUUAGUCAUUAUAACAGUAAUUUGCUAAAUUGGUGACAUGGAAGUAGUGACACGUGAGCUGGUAAAAAUCCCUAACUCUGUCAUGGUUGAAGGGUUAACCUGGACUGAGGUGGACAAUGAAGUACAGAGCUAUCUAGAGACUCAUGGUUCUAUUAACCGUGUCCUGCGUAUAGAUGAACCCAACUCAGAGUUCCAUAACAAUGCAAUCGUUGAGUUCACUUUUGGUACCGCGUUACAAACGCUUGCUCCUUUGUUGCCAUUUAAAUACAAAAGCCCCACACGGCCUGAUGUGACUUUCCACGUGUGUGCGCUUGCUAGUGUUUAUACACCUGUGGUUAGCCAUAGUGCUACUGAGAGUUACAUGUCUGAGUUGCAAACCAUUGCUAAGUUAACAGGGAAGUCAUUUCAGCUUCUUUUACAAGAUGAACUAACUAAGUUGAGCUCUACAGUUGCAGCCACAGUAGAAAAUGCCCCUUUGGACAGGAGUCAUCUUGAAGGAAGUCAGGCACCUAAUUUCAGCUCGGCAUCAUUACCACAAGGUGCAAUGCAAUCUAGAAUUGCUCCUGAUACCACCAUUCAAGGUGCUGCACUACGCUCAGCUCCAGAGAUACAAAACCUGACCAAAGAGCAACGUCCGAGAAUACCAUCAGUGACGGUGAGUUCAUGCCCAAAUCUAAGUCCCAGUGAUCUCAACCCCCCUGAGAUACAAAAGGUGGUUGUGGAGCAUAUUGUGCGAAAUGAGGAGGCGCCGCCACACCAUUAUGCUGCCUCACGCCUUCGAGUUUUCUCAGGCCGAUUGCCGCGGCCAAAUAAUGAAACGGAUUAUGAGACCUGGCGCUCUAGUGUGGAACUUCUUUUAACAGACCCAGCAUUGUCUGAUUUAAGUCGCUCCAGGAAGAUUGUUGACAGCUUGUUGCCCCCUGCUUCAGAUUUCAUUAGGCAUCUUGAUUCACAAGCUUUACCUUCUGCAUAUUUGCAGCUUCUUGACUCAGCUUACGGUGCUGUGGAGGAUGGAGAUGAGCUGUUUGCUAAGUUUAUGGGUACUCUGCAGAAUGCUGGUGAGAAACCAUCAAACUACCUUCACAGACUCCAAGUUGUGCUUAACACCGCUACAAGGAGAGGAGGGGCCUCUGCUGAUGAGUUUGAUAGGCAGUUGUUGAAGCAGUUUUGUAGAGGCUGCUGGGAUGACUCUUUAAUAGCAGAGCUCCAGCUUGAACAAAAAGUUAAAAACCCUCCUUGUUUUGCUGAAUUAUUGCUCCUGUUGCGUACUGAGGAAGACAAGCAGGCUAACAAGGCGGUACGUAUGAAAAAGCACCUUGGUACUUCCAGACAACAGCCAGCCCCACCCAAACAGCGUGUUUGGUCCCAACUGCAAACUGCCUGUGUUUGCUCUGAGUCUAAGGCUGUAGCAGAAACCAACCUCCUGAAGAAACAGGUUAUUGAGUUACAGGGUCAAAUGGCUCAGUUAACUCCCCACAAGAAAAGCAGGGGUAAGAAAGCAAACUCAAAUGAGAAGGCAAUUGUGCAGACCAAUCCUGCUCCUGAGCAGCCCUUGGCAGUGCCUGUUCCAGAGCACCAGCCACCUCCCAGGCCACGCCCGUGGUACUGCUUUCGGUGUGGAGAGGAUGGCCAUGUAGCCUUGAGAUGCAGUAAUGAGGCCAAUCCCGUACUGGUGGCAGCAAAAAGGAAGCAAUUUCAAAGAAAACGGCAGGAGUGGGAGACACAGAAUGGCUCUGUGGACCCACACCAUUUAAACUGACAGCAACUCCUGUUGUGGGA